AAAAAAGAUAAAAAAGUGUCUGAUGAAAGAAGGGGUGGAGGAGUCAAUUUGAUAAAAUUGGUGUUAAUUUAACGUUCAGUAGACAAAUUUUCUACGCUUUUUUUGGACCAAUAAAUCAGGUUGCUUUGUCUAUAAAAUUGACAAUUAUGGACCCAAAUUUAUUACCAAUACCAGGAACAUCAAGAGAAUGUGUAAAUGAAAUAUUUCAAGAGGAGAUUUUUUAUCAAGAAGAAGUCGCCUUCGUUGAUGAGGAAAAUGAUUCCCUGCUUCAAGAAGAAGCUGUUAUCGACAAUGCGCAAACUGACGACCACACCUAUGCAUUAGAGACUGAAAAAACUUAUUCAAGUCGAAUAACACAACCAGUCACAAUGAGAACAUAUAAGACAUAUGAACGGCAUUUUGGAACAACAUAUCGUUGGCACAAAUCAGGGCGGCCAAAGAAAAUCCCAAAGGACGGACGAACUUUCACGUACAUAUAUUCUUACAAACUUCAUUAAAAUUACCCAACUGUUAAAUAAGUAAAACAAAAUGCAAAUUUUUUUGAUAUAAUAUUUAUACCACCCACACAGCCUGAACUUGCAGCAAUAUUCGCAACAUUGCCUCAAUAUUGCUGAAAUUUUCAAAUGUUUAAAAUAAUUUGAAUUUUCGAUUAAAAAUACUUUUUUUUAUUAUUAAUUUUUAGCAAUUUAUUGUUGAUUUUACAAUUUUU